AUGCAACGCGUGGUUACGAAAGGAAAUAAAAGCACAAGGCAACUAAGUGUCGGUGUAGCGAAGAAAAUGUCGAAGAUGACGCGACAGGUUAUUCCCUACUCAUUCGCCAAGGAAAUGAACCUUCCUUCCAGUGCUGCCUUUCGAGUUGGAAACACCAUGUACAUCUCUGGGGUGAUAGGGUAUAGGCCGAGAGAUUCUGACUCCGUGGUUCCUGGUGGAAUCGUUCCUGAGACCCGAUUGGCCCUUACCAAUCUUGGACAUCUCCUGGAAAUGGGAAAAAUGACCCAUAAAAACGUGGUGAAGUGCACGGUGUACCUUGCGGACUUAAAGGAGAUUGGCGAAAUGAACAAGGUUUACUCAGAGUUUUUCCCAGAAGAACCCCCUGCACGGGUGGCGAUCCAGGUGGCGAGUCUUUCAAAGGACGCCCGUGUGUGUAUUGAAGCCAUCGCAGUGGAUUGCAGCGACUGA